CUCCACACGCCGCCGCCUCUCGCCUCCCGCGCCCCGUAACGCGCCGAGCCUCGCACAAAGCAAUUGUUGCUUUUUUGGGGGACGUCGUUUUACACGUAAAAUCAUCUCCAGCAGGGUUUCAGUUUGAGAUACGUGUGAGGGAGCUGGGGAGAUGUGUCAGAGCUUGUUACUCAAGCUAAAUUAGGUAAUUUUUAGCUGGGUAACGUGCUAAUCUUUAAACCUUUAUGUUUCUAAAUCCUGCGUAUGUCUGCUCUCUUCAUACAAAAGUGUAUUUUGCUUGUUUCUUCUCGCCUUCUUCAGUCUGAAGCCUUAUGUAGGUCAGGCUUGGCUUAAGCAGAUUUCCUGAACCUGCGUCAGCUUAAGCUGAAGGAAUUUUAAUAAACCCUCCCUUGUAGGCGUGGGCCUAAAUGAGACUAGCCUAGUUAAGCCUGAUCUUUUUCUGUUUGUGAAAAAGAGCUGAGCAGAGCUAGGGACUGCAUGGUGGCUCCAGGAACGGCUUCCUUAAUUCAAAGGUAACAAUGGUUGGGAAGGCCAGAUCUUCUAAUUUUACCUUAUCUGAAAAGCUCGAUUUGCUAAAACUCGUGAAGCCGUACGUUAAAAUUCUCGAGGAACAUACCAAUAAGCAUUCUGUAAUAGUGGAAAAAAACAAAUGCUGGGAUAUCAUAGCUGAUAACUACAAUGCCAUCGGAGUAGAUCGCCCUCCUCGUACUGCACAGGGCCUGCGCACGCUGUACAAGAGGCUCAAAGAAUAUGCCAAACAGGAGCUAUUGCAGCAAAAGGAGACUCACUCAGAUUGUCAAAGCAGCAUUUCCGAGCCAACCAAGAAAGUUGUGGAGAUGAUUCCACAGAUUUCCAAUGUGUGUUUAAGAGACAGGAGCGGUGUUCAAAGUGCUAGUAUCGAUAAAGAAACAAUUGCUGGUACCAGUUCACCACAGGCAAUGUUGGAUCACCAUCCUGCGACAGUCAUGAUGGACUUGCAGUCGGAAGAGGAUGUCAAACCUCCUCCUUCUUUGAUUAUAGACUCACAGCAAAAUGAGAACUUAGAACAAGAGGAAGAACACCAGCUGGUGCAUAUUAUGGAAAGGUCUCCUUCAACAUCAGUAUCUUCAGUUGAUAUGAGAGUGAUGAUGUCUCCAUCCCCCGUACCAAGAAGAGAUGAGUUUUUUAGGCUUGAGGUUGGAGACCGCUUUAGACCAAUGUGUGGUUAUGACCCACAGAUGUUACAAAUGCUGAAAGAAGAGCAUCAGAUAAUAUUAGAAAACCAAAGAAAAAUUGGUCUUUAUGUCCAGGAAAAAAGGGAUGGUUUGAAAAGAAAGCAGCAACUGGAAGAAGAACUGUUGCGAACAAAAAUCAAAGUAGAGAAGCUGAAGGCAAUACGACUACGGCGUGAUCUACCAGAAUACAGCAAUAUCUAAAUAUUUUAUUACUUCUGUCAUAUUCUUUGAUAUUCUUAAUAAUAAAUGCAGAAUUGUUUCUUAUGUUAAUAUGGAUGGAUCAAAAUCUGGGCUUGAGACAUGAAAGCAUAUUUUCCAUGUUGUUGUUUAUGUACCUUAGAAAAAUACCUCGUAUACGUUUGAAUGCACCAACUCUUCUGGUCUAAAAUAGUCAAAUCCUGUACAUUUAAGUGUUUAGAUUGAUAAAAAUCCAAACUUUUAAAAUAUUUCCACUUAUCUCUAUUGGAGUAGUGAUGAGCUAAUGAAAUUUAGUCAGGUCUUGUUAAAAUUUUGUUCAUAUGCAUUAUUUUUUCAAAUAAUCACCUUUACUAUCUUGAUGAAGUUACAGGUUAAUAAAUACAUAUAAGAAGGAGAAAUAAGAGGUUAUGUUUAAAUGUCUUUUUCAAGUUGGUAAAUCUUACAACAGUGGUGGGAUUUUGCUGACAUAUCAGCUUGGAAAACAAAAUGACUGGAUUGUUAUAUUUUUUUAAUGUUCAGUAGACAGUUGAAUAAAUGUACAUAUUUUUAAAAGUUAAUACUUUUUAAUUGUUUCCAGUGGAGGAGUGUUUCCACAGGAUAUUAUAAAAAUAGAGACAAUGAAUGCAACACUUGGUUUUUAAAACUGCAUGCAUGUGUAAUUUGUGUGUACAGUUACCAUGAUCGUAUAUUCAGUUAUAGUAAUUAUGCUGGUGAUCAACCACAUAAAUGUCUGAUUUCCUCUUUUGCAUGCAUAAUGACUACAGUGCAUGUGCAACCAAGACAGUUGCAGGUGCCUUUGAUCAGUAUCACUAGGACUAUAAGCUACUGAAAAGAAAUCAUUUCUGUAUGUAAGUAACAUGUGACUUGAAAUCAACAGGAUUCUGUGUUAUUCUGGGUACCUUUUAUAGAUGCUGUUGUUCUGAUCUUUCGAUUAGUUUCAAAUAAAAAGCCUCAAAUAAAAAUAAAAUUGAUUCUUCUGUCUGUCCUAGCAGCAGCUGUUUCCUCUGUAGUUGUGAUCAACGUUUAUAACUGGAAAAAAAAUAUCUGGAAAACAUCAGUCCCAGAUGAUUCAUUUCUUCAUAAUUCUAAGUCCUGCCUGUUAUGAAUGGAUCCACAACUGCCUUAGACCUCUGGCUCCUUAUUCCCCAUAACAAUACUUUCCCCUUCCUCUAACCUUUAGCACAAGAAAAGGAAAUGAAGCGCAGGAUCAAGAAAAAAGAGAGAACAAAGGAGAUGUAAUUCCUCCUGUACCUCGCAUCUCAGAGGGCCCCAACAACAGUGAACAAAAGCAAUAGGAAGGAGGAGGCUGUUUCUUCCUUGCUCCCCUCACCAGUGUUUUCCCAAAUUUGCUUCCUUCUCCACACCCACAGAACCUCAGCAUACAAGCAUGAGGCACUGAUCUGCAUCAGCAGAUUCUGAAUGAGGUAAGCUCCUCAUGUGUCUUCUGAGUGAACCAGGUUACCUUUGUAGCCACGGGGAUAGGUGCUUAUUGAAAACUAUGAAGACUGGGAGAAUGUGAGUUUAACUGAGGGGCUAGUGGAGCUUCAAGAAUUGUAGUUAAAUUUUGUGAUAGUAGACAAGAGGCUUGAUCUUGACUGUCAGGGCCCAGGAUAACUUUAACAGGUUAUAGGUAGGAAAAGUUGAGGAAACGAGUCUUUUGUUUACAAACUGAGGAAAAAUACAGAACAGUGAAAACAGAUGUUGGCAAUAUGGAGUUCCCCAAUACUUUUUCAUUUGUUUUCUAGAGAAGAGAACACUGUAAGUGCCUUGGGAAUUCUUGUAUGCAGUGAAAAUUAUGGUGCCUGGAUAACUGGUCGUUGUUUCUGUACAGU